CAGGCAAAACUAAAAAGAAACUAGAAAUAGCCUAAGGCCAGCCCCAAAUGGAUAAAUAAGUACAUGGGAAAACUAAUAUAGUGAGAAUGCAAGAAUGCAAGAAGUAGACUAUAAAAAUGGAAUGAAUAUGUAGAUGAUAAUUGAGCAAAAUCUGUGGAUUCUUAAUGAAAUUUGAAAAGGCAAUACAGAGAUGUAAAUGGUUGCUGUGUUAAGGUGAGCUUUUUUCCCCCCGAAACCUUCCGUGCAUUAAAAAUUAUGACAACCUUCCUCCCCACCCUCACCUCCAAAAAGACCAGUAAGGCUUUCAUACUGGUAGUUAAUUAUUAAUACCAGGAUUUAUAAAUACAGUAGGUGGAAUGGGAGGCUUGUGUUUAUUAGUCACUGUUUAUAUUCUUGCAAACUUCCUUUUCACUAACAACUAAUACUCUGCCGUCCUUCUAAAGUGUCUUUGCAGCUUUCAAAUACUAGAACUGCUCUGGUGACGGUGGCAAGGCUGUGAACCUGGAGCUUUCCCAAAAAAGUUAGCUCUAACUAACAUUUUGUGGUACACACACAGUUACUUCGGUUCCUCUUGUAUGACGACUUGCCCUGAAGCCAAGAGAGGUGACACACACCAAAGGCAGGAAAAGGCGAGAAUGAUUUGGAGGGAACUCAAGUAAGAGCAUUAGUGAUAGUCUCUGUUUUCCUUACUCAUUUAAUUUACCCUUUUAAAGUAACUUCUUUCCCCCGUCUCAUUCAUUCAUGCUCCUUUCUCGGAAGUGAGGUAAUAUUUAGAUAAUCGAAACCCCACACAAGACUUCAACAGCAAAUACAGCCGAAAUGUAAUUAUUAUUUCAAUUAAAAAGGGAAUAAUAUUUGUAGUGCCAUGUUAACAGUAUUCUCUUUCGUUUUAACUAGUUUUGCUGCAUUUAAAAUAAGUGCUUUUCUUCAACUUUUGUGUACAGCUCUAAGUGCACAGUGGAAUUUAUUUUUUUCUGUAUAUAAGGAGAGAAAAUGACGGCUGGUUCAGUUUGUGUCCCUCAGAUCAUACCACUACGAGUGCCUCAGCCUGGAAAAGCUAACCAUGAAAUUGAUAACAAUACACUUUUGGAAAUGAAAUCAGACACUCCAGAUGUCAACAUAUAUUAUACUCUGGAUGGCAGCAAACCUGAAUUUCUAAAGAGAACUGGCUAUGGGGAAAAUAACACAUUUAAGUAUACAAAACCUAUUACUCUGCCUGAUGGAAAAAUACAAAUUAAAGCUAUUGCUGUCUCUAAAGACUGCAGACAGAGUGGCAUUGUGACAAAGGUGUUUCAGGUAGGCUAUGAACCACCGAAUGUAGUCUCUCCUGAAGACAAUGUUGAAAAUGUUCUCAAAGAUUCUUCAAGGCAGGAAUUCAAAAAUGGAUUUGUUGGAUCAAAACUAAAGAAGAAAUAUCAGAACUCUGAAAAUCAACGCAGCUGGAAUGUUAACCUCAGAAAGUUUCCAGAAAGUCCACUGGAAAUCCCAGCUCACAGUGGAGGAUCAGGUUCUAGACCACCCACCCGCCAGUCCCAGUCUCCCGGUUUUGCACACAUAAGUGGCCAGAAGUGUUUGACAAGCACGGAGAUAAUGAGAAUUCAAAGGGAGACAGACUUUCUCAAGUGUGCCCACUGCCUUGCCCCCCGCCCAUCAGAUCCCUUUGCUCGCUUCUGUCAAGAAUGUGGCUCUCCUGUCCCACCCAUAUUUGGCUGUCGUCUCCCACCCCCGGAAGGAGCUCAGAUGGGCUUAUGUGCAGAAUGCAGAAGCUUGGUGCCCAUGAACACUCCCAUCUGCGUGGUGUGUGAGGCCCCUCUUGCUCUACAGCUGCAGCCACAGGCAAGCCUCCACUUGAAGGAGAAGGUAAUUUGCCGGGCCUGUGGCACAGGAAAUCCUGCUCACCUGAGAUACUGUGUCACCUGUGAGGGGGCCCUGCCUUCAUCACAAGAGUCGACAUGCAGUGGGGAUAAAGCCCCUCCUCCGCCCACUCAGAGAGGGGGGACCAUCUCCUGCUCCAGAUGUGGUGGUUGGAAUCUCUGGGAGGCGUCCUUCUGCGGCUGGUGUGGAGCCAUGCUUGGCAUUCCUGCUGGCUGCUCUGUUUGCCCUAAAUGUGGGGCCAGCAAUCACCUGUCUGCCCGAUUCUGUGGCUCCUGUGGUAUUUGUGUGAAGUCCUUGGUGAAACUUAGCUUGGAUAGAAGCCUGGCUCUGGCUGCUCAGGAACCUCGCUCUUUUUCUGAGCCCCAAUGUGCCUGGCAGUCCCUGAAUAUUCCUUUGCCCAGAUCUGAUGCUGGGACUAAGAGGGACAUAGGCACACAGACUGUUGGCCUGUUCUACCCAUCCGGCAAGCUGCUAGCAAAAAAGGAACUGGAAAUAGCCUCUCAAAAGCAGAGGCAGGAGAACAUGAGUGACCAUAAACCGCUCCUCACAGCCAUCAGCCCAGGAAGAGGGUACUGGAGAAGACAGCUGGAUCACAUCUCUGCUCACCUCAGGUGUUAUGCUCAGAACAACCCUGAAUUCCGGGCCUUGAUUGCAGAACCCAGGAUGGGAAAGCUUAUCUCUGCUACUGUCCACGAAGAUGGUUGUGAAGUUAGCAUCAGACUGAAUUACAGUCAAGUCUCAAACAAGAACCUCUACCUGAACGAGGCGGUGAAUUUCAGCGACCACGUUCUGAGCAGUGCUGCCGAGGGUGAUGGGGGGCCGUGUGCUGCCGAGGGUGAUGGGGGGCCGUGCGGCACCAGGUCCAGCUGGGUGAGUGACUACAGCCAGAGUACCUCAGAUACUAUUGAAAAAAUCAAAAGGAUAAGGAAUUUCAAGACCAAAACUUUUCAAGAAAAGAAGGAGCAGCUUUUACCCGAAAACAGACUCCUGCUGAAGGAAGUCGGACCCACAGGGGAAGGAAGAGUCUCUGUGAUUGAACAGCUGCUGGAUGAGGGAGCAGACCCCAACUGCUGUGAUGAAGACAAUCGACCCGUCAUAACUGUGGCUGUUAUGAAUAAGCACCAUGAAGCGAUUCCGGUUCUCGUGCAGAGAGGAGCAGACAUCGACCAGCAGUGGGGGCCGCUCAGAAAUACAGCUCUUCACGAAGCUACUCUGCUUGGCCUUGCAGGAAGAGAGAGCAUCGCCACUUUACUGGGGUGCAAUGCAAGCAUCCGAAAGAAGAAUGCAGGAGGCCAGACAGCGUACGACCUGGCUCUGAACACUGGAGAUGACCUCAUCACCUCACUCUUUGCUGCCAAGUUUGGCCAAGGGCUCGAGGACCAACUCGCCCAAACUAGGAGCCUCAGCCUGGAUGACUGUUAGACCUGAGGCCUCCCCGGGACUUCAUUUAAGAAUAUGUGCAGUGGCUGGCAUGGUGGCU